UGAAAGAGGUGGAGUGUGAAGGCACCAUCGAGUCAGUGGAGCCCCCCACGGAGCACCACAGCUACGGGCGCAACGAGGGGGCCUGGAUGAAGGACCCAGCGGCCAAGGGUGACCGAAUCUAUGUCACCAACUACUACUACGGCAACAGCCUGGUGGAGUUCAGGAGCCUCGACAACUUCAAGCAGGGACGCUGGAGCAACCUCUACAAGCUGCCCUACAACUGGAUCGGCACCGGGCACGUGGUAUACCGGGGGGCCUUUUACUACAACCGUGCCUUCACCAAGAACAUCAUCAAGUACGACCUGAAGGAGCGGUACGUGGCGGGCUGGGCACAGCUCCAUGAUGUGGUGUAUGAGGACAUGACGCCCUGGAAGUGGAGGGGCCACUCGGACAUCGACUUCGCUGUGGAUGAGAGCGGGCUCUGGGUCAUCUACCCCUCCGUGGACUAUGACUACUCGCAGCAGGAGGUGAUCGUCCUGAGCAGGCUUGAUCCCGGGGACCUCUCGGUGCGCAGGGAGACCACUUGGAAGACGGGGCUGAAGCGCAAUGCCUAUGGGAACUGCUUCAUCAUCUGUGGCAUCCUCUAUGCUGUGGACACCUACAACCAGAAGGAAGGGCAGAUCUCCUACGCCUUCGACAC